AUGUUCCUGGGAACUGAAAUCGCCGCCGACCGCAGAAAACCCAUCCACGCCCAUCCUCCAACCCCUCGGACUGUCCUGCCCGGCAGAUCGGACGACAACCGAGAGCGCAUCCCGGUGCCACGCCGGGGUGUUUGCCGCUCCUCGACGCCGUUGCUGCGAGAGUGCAGUCAAUUCCCACGGAAUGACGAACAAAUCAAGCAUGGGUGCUUGCUUGUCAACAAGACCCCAUCACUCAUCGCCGUGCCGCCAUGUCGCUCGCAGUCCUCCGUGCCGUACGGUCUUGCGCUGCGGUUGACCCUUGUCGAGCGAAAUCCCUUCCUCGGCUCCAUGGGUACUGCAGGGAUGCCCAGCAUGACCGAGUGUUUGAUCUGCGAAUCGCGCAUCUGCGCCAUUCCAUGGGACAGCCAGGAGGAGAUGGCCCCCCUCCCGGGGGGAACCCUUGCACGGCCACGCGAAAGUGGCGAGCCGACGACCCCCGACCACGACCACCACGUGGUCACGUUCGAAGCUCGCCUAAACGGCCGGCGCGGGGAGUAA